AAGAAGCGUGGAUAGAAGAGGGGAUUUUAAAGCCCUAAACUAGAGGAAUAUAUCCGUAUAUCGAUUCGUGAGGUGGACCGCAGUGAUGCAGUGCGACUGGCCUCUGUUGGGUCCGCUGCAGUGGAUGCGUUACGUCAACAAACAGGUGAAGGUGAAGGCGGGAAAAGAUGAGGAGCGCCGCGGCUGGCUGCUCACCGUGGACCCGGUGUCCGCCAGUCUGGUCCUGGUGGACUUCAAGGAGGAUGGGGGUGCUUCUGUGCAGGUGGUGAUGGGCCAUGCUGUGGAGGAGGUGGAGGUGCUGCAGGAGGCCGAUGAGGAGACCACACAGCGCCUCCAGAGCUCCUUCCUCCCCGCGAAGACCCGCAGGCUGGACCCGGAGGAGCUGAGGAAGAAAAGAGCUGGCGUCCGGAGCUGGCUGGAGAAGAACCGGAUCCCGGUGGAGGAGGAGGGGGAUGACCUGAGGGUGGCCGGGGUCCUGACCAUCACGCCCCCGUACGGACCUGAAGAUUGCUGCAGCUCCAACCAGAUCAUCCUAGACCGCAUCCAGAAACUGAUCCAGAGUGUGUUUCAGAUACAGACAGAUCACACAGAAACUGAUCCAGACUGUCCCUCAACUAUGGAAGUAUAAAGAAACCCCUGAACAACAGACAGACACAAACCAGAACUGGAAACUUAAUUUAAAACUGUCAGAAAGGUUACAUAUUUUGUAUGUACAAUCUAUGAUUAACACUACCAAUCAGAUUCCUGCUCUCUGUCUCUCUACCAAUCAGAGGGAGCAGCAGAUGUACUGACAGUUGGUCUGAAUCCAGUUUGAGUUCAGAUAACAUUUUUGUUCACAUUAAGUUAUUUUAUUAGUUGAGAUUACGUUUUUUUUGUUUAGGUUAAGUAAUUUUCUCUUGUUUUUAGUUUAAAUUUUGUGUUCUCAUUUUGGUUUGUGUUACAAAAUAAAAGUAUUUCCUUUGUAUGAUACAG